UAUUGAUUCCGGACAUUGUGCUGCGGCUCUCAAACACACUGCACUCCCCGACACUCGUCUCCUUUAAUUUCAUCAUAUCAUUAUUUCAUCUGUUCAUCAGCUCUGAAGAUCACUGAAUAAUGGCUUUCCAGUAUCCAAACUCCUAUAGAGACGAAUCAGUGGUGGACGACUAUCACGGCUGUAAAGUGCCUGACCCGUACAGCUGGCUGGAGGAUCCCGACAGUGAGAAAACACAGGCCUUCGUGAACGCUCAGAACCAGCUGACCCUGCCGUUCCUGGAGCAGUGUGAGGUCAGAGACGUCUUUAAGGAUCGCAUGACUGAACUCUAUGACUACCCCAAAUACAGCUGUCCCUUCAAACGUGGGAACAGGUAUUUUCACUUUUACAACACGGGUCUGCAGAACCAGAGUGUUAUGUACAUGCAGGAGAACCUUGAGACAGAACCCAGCGUGUUCCUGGACCCAAACACCUUCUCCGAGGACGGGACGGUUGCUUUACGAGGUUAUGCGUUCUCUGAGGAUGGUGAGUACCUGGCGUACGGCACCAGCGCCAGCGGCUCGGACUGGGUCGAGAUCCGCUUCUUGCGUGUGGAUGGUGCCGUACUUCUAGAGGAUCAGCUGGAGAGGGUCAAAUUCACCUGCAUGUCCUGGACUCACGAUGGAAAGGGACUCUUCUACAACUCUUACCCCGAGCAGGAGGGCAAGAGUGACGGCACGGAGACGUCCACUAACCUGCACCAGAAGUUGUACUAUCAUGUGUUGGGAACCCCUCAGUCUCAGGACGUCCUGUGUGCCGAAUUCCCCGAUCAGCCGAAAUGGAUGGGCGGUGCUGAGGUGUCUGAUGACGGCCGUUACGUGCUGUUGUCCAUCAGAGAGGGCUGUGACCCCGUUAAUAGACUGUGGUACUGUGACCUGAACGACGUCCCGCAGGGAAUCACUGGUUUGUUGCCAUGGGUGAAGCUGAUCGAUAACUUUGAUGCGGAGUAUGAAUAUGUCACAAAUGAAGGAACCGUUUUCACGUUUAAAACCAACCUGGACGCUCCUCAAUAUCGACUCAUCAACAUCGACUUCGCCCAACCGUCCGCCAGCCAAUGGAAAGAGCUCAUUCCCCAACAUGACAAAGACGUCAUCGUGUUUGCUACCUGCACAUACUCCAGUUUCCUGUUUGUGUGUUUCCUCCAUGACGUGAAGAACGUGUUGAAGAUGUUCCAUCUGUCCUCGGGCGAGGAGAUCCGCACGUUCCCGCUGGACGUCGGCUCAAUCGUGGGCUUUACUGGGAGGAAGCAAGACUCUGAGAUCUUUUACAGCUUCACCUCGUUUUUGUCUCCAGCGAUCAUCUAUCACUGUGAUCUGACUAAAGAGCCGCUGAAGCCACACGUCUUCAGAGAGGUCACAGUGAAGGGCAUCAGUCCUGCUGACUACCAGACCACUCAGGUGUUUUAUCCCAGUAAAGACGGCACCCAAAUCCCAAUGUUUAUUGUCCAUAAGAAAGGAAUCGAGCUGGAUGGUUCCCAUCCCGCCUUCUUAUACGGAUACGGAGGUUUCAAUAUUUCCAUCACACCCAGCUACAGCGUUUCUCGGCUGAUAUUUGUCAGGCAUCUGGGAGGAGUUUUAGCUGUGGCCAACAUCAGAGGAGGUGGAGAAUAUGGAGAGACUUGGCAUAAAGCGGGGAUGUUGGCCAAUAAGCAGAACUGUUUCACUGACUUUCAGUGUGCAGCAGAGUAUCUAAUAAAGGAGGGUUACACUUCCUCCAGCAAAAUCACCAUCAACGGAGGCUCUAACGGGGGGCUGCUCGUGGCGGCGUGUGUGAAUCAGAGGCCCGAUCUGUUCGGCUGUGCUGUGGCUCAGGUCGGCGUCAUGGACAUGUUGAAGUUUCAUAAGUUCACCAUCGGGCACGCUUGGACCUCUGAUUUCGGCUGCUCUGAACUCAAAGAGCAGUUUGAUUGGUUAAUCAAGUAUUCUCCUCUUCACAAUAUCCGUGCUCCGGAAGGGGACGGGGUUCAGUAUCCCGCUGUCCUGUUGUUGACGGGCGACCACGAUGACCGCGUGGUGCCGCUGCACUCAUUAAAAUACAUCGCCACCCUGCAGAAUGAGAUUGGUCACUGUCCCGGCCAGUCAAACCCUCUCUUUAUCUACGUGGACACUAAGUCAGGCCACGGUGCAGGAAAACCCACCAGUAAAGUCAUUCAGGAGGUGGCGGACACGUACGCCUUCAUCGCUCGCUGCCUGAACCUCAGCUGGCUCGAAUGAAACGUUACGAGGCUCUGAACCUCCUCUAAGCUCUAGUCCUGCAGGUUUCUUCUUCUUACAGUUUGAUUUCCUUCUCGCCUGUUUGCGCUCCUGUUCACUGAAAUGUUCACUUUUCUUGGUCUCUGUCUUUCCCACUCCUCCACGCUUUCAUUAUUCGAUGUGUUACUUUCUAGUAGAAACGCUAAAACCAUUUCAAACGACUGAAUGCUAUAACCUGAACUACAUUCAUGACUGGUUUCAUAUCAAU